AUGACCGGCGAGGUGCCCGCGCCGGGGGCGGCGGCGGAGGACGACCGGCCACCGUCGGGUGCCGGCGCGGCGGCGGGCGGCACCAACGAGCUGGAGGCCGAGCUCGCCAGGCUGGAAGCCCAGCUCGCCGCGGCCGAGGGCAGCUCGCCCCAGGCCGGGCCCACACCUCGAGGGGGAAACAGCGGCACAGAAAACGACGACCGGCCACCGUCGGGUGCCGGCGCGGCGGCGGGCGGCACCAACGAGCUGGAGGCCGAGCUCGCCAGGCUGGAAGCCCAGCUCGCCGCGGCCGAGGGCAGCUCGCCCCAGGUGCCCGCGCCGGGGGCGGCGGCGGAGGACGACCGGCCACCGUCGGGUGCCGGCGCGGCGGCGGGCGGCACCAACGAGCUGGAGGCCGAGCUCGCCAGGCUGGAAGCCCAGCUCGCCGCGGCCGAGGGCAGCUCGCCCCAGGCGGCAGACGACGGCCAGAGCAGGCUGACGCCUUCGGGCGCGACCUUGGGCGAGCCCGCGGCCCCCGAGCCGGCGGGCGAGGAGCCUGUUGUGAGCGAGACCGUGAGGCUGAAGUCGCCUCCGUCGACCAGCGGCCAGCAUGAGGCGAGCAGCGGCGAGGGCCACGGUGAGGCCAGUCGUGAAACGGCGGUUCCCGAGACAGACAGAGGCGACGGGUCUGUCGUGAGGAACGAGACAGAGCGCUCGGUCACGAUCACGAAUUGGUAUGGCCGCAUAGGGAACAACAUCAUUCAGGUGGUGAACGCUAUCUUGUUCUGCCAGGCCAAUGGUUACGAGAAGCUGAAGUUGCCAGCUGACAUGAAAAACUUGAACCAUUUGUUCGACAUGCCUAACGACAUCGCAAUUGUGCAACGCACGAUGGACGACAGUGUCAAGCUCACGUGCAAGUGGAAUCCACCAUACAUGCAUUGGUUUUUUGGCCGCUGUAUGUCUAUUACCAAGGGAAUAUUCAAGCGUACGAUGGAGGAGUAUCUGGUACCACAUUUAACCAACAGCACAGCUGCAGCGUGUCGCCAGGAGCACGGUCAUCCCUUCAAUGGGCUGACUAUCCAUCUUCGCAGCGGGGACACCGCAAGGCAGUCGAUGCACACCUCGCAGACCGCGUACGCCUCGUGCAGCUUCUUCGAGAAGGUCAUCUACGAUCAGAAGUUCACAGCGGCCCGCGUCGUCACUGAAGCAGAUCUGUCGCACCCGUGCAUACCCUUUCUCAGAACCCGGCUGCCCGAAAUGGGUGUCCCUGUUAGCUUCGAGAGCAGUACUAUCGAGCAGGACGCCUGCGCCCUCAUGAACGCCAGGUAUCUUGCCUUCGGCUCGUGGAGCACCUUCUCCCAGACGCUAGAGCUCCUCAACGACCGCGUCGCGAAGAGCUUCCUGCCCGUGCCGCCAGAAGGCACGAUCGCGAUGGACAAUCACUGCGACAAGGUCGUCAGAGGCCAGCGCCCGAGGACAUACAUUUACCAGAUCGACGGCAUGGAGAACGGGCAUCAUGACAUGACCACUGAAGACAGCGUGAACUACUUUUCAAACAUGCCCAUGCACCAGGUGACCUUAAAAGCCGUCUGCAAUUUGAUGAAUGAGGUACCGUUUGUUGGGUCAGUGAGCUUGCGGUAGGCGGAAUGGCUUUCUCCGCGCCGGCUUACACAGCCUCUUCAAAUCGCCGGCACAGGGGUACUGUUUUUGCCAUGGUAUGCGUCCUGGUCCGGCGUCUUUCUUUUGUCCUGCCCAUCCUCACGGGGGCUGGCGGACACCCUCACGAAACGGGUGCCCCGUCGCUCCUUGCGGGAGCCUACGAGGGCCGUGGCCGCCAGUGCCCACACUAGAGGAGGAGG